AUGAAUGAGCCGGAUACAAUCAGGAACCUUGGAAUCCAGACGCGAAGAUUCCCUGCUUUGGGGAAAGAGACAUCCGAAUGGAAACAGAGAAUGCAUAAAUCAACAUCCCCAGAAAGCCAUGGAACCAAGACGCCAAGCUUCCUGCUUCAGGGGAAGAGACGCACCGAAGGAAAAGAAAUUGCACAAAGUAAUGUCGACAGAAAGCCACUGCAAGAUGCAAGAGACGAUCAUGGCGGCGAGCUUCUAGAGAAUGCACGAGGUCACCUCGAGCUCAUGGAGGUAAACCCACCAGUGAACCGUGACAACAAGCGGUCCUUAUUCAAACUUGGUCACUUUGCGAAGUUUCCAGUCGAAACUCGCUACAUGACUUGGGACUCCCUGUUCCAAGACAUCGGUGUCGCUAUCAACGCAUAG